AUGCGCUUUGGCGACAUUGCCAUCAAGACCAGCACCGACAUGUUAUAUUUGGCAACAGUCUUUGGGCAAUUUGCUAAGAUUGACCUCGACGACGCAUUCGAGCAGCCCACGCUUCCCUACACAGAGAUCAAGACAGGCAAUCCCUCCCUCCAGCUUGCAUUUGACUGCGAGGAAGAAAUCUUGUACGGUCAGGCAUUCGAUUCGGCGGAUGUUACCGUGGACAAUUGGCCGACUAUCAGCACUAGAUCUAGGUGGAUCGGCGUGCUCUGCGUCGCCUCAGACAACAAGCCCUACCCCAGCUCCUACCCGAGAACCGACCGAUAGUCCUACCGCUACUCCCUCGUCCAUUGGCCCAACAA